AUGGAAUAUAACCAGUGUAUUGAUUUCUCACAUCAGACGCAAGAAGACCUUUGGGUCGACGAGAUCAAGAAAUUUCGAACAAACGGGCGUCUUUGCGAAUGGCUGGAUGGUGGUUUCUUAAACGGCUCCUACAACGUCUGCCAAAAGGUUCUAUUUAAGGGUGGUACUAUGUGGCUACUGCGUUUCCCUUGCGUGAAGAGCAUUUGCCCUAAAUACGCCGACGAAAAAGUAGUUGUGGAAGUGGAGGCUCUUUCUCUUAUCCGCGAAAGAACAAAUGUUCCUAUUCUAGAAAUUAAAGCCUAUGGUCUCGCUGAUGCCAAUCCCUUGGGUCUUGGCCCUUUCAUCUUGAUGAACUUUAUCGACGGGGUGUGUCCGAAAGACAUAUUCACCGGAGGCGAUUCUAGGCUACUCAAAAAGGACAUCCCAGACAGAGACGAUAUUGUGUAUAGGCAGAUAGCAAACUUCAUGUUGCAGAUUUUUGAGGUCAAUUAUGACCGAAUCGGGAAGUACUUCCAGUAUAUCAUUAGCCAAGACUGGCAACAACUUCGAUAUCAGCCAAAUUCAGUUAUUGGCCAACUGGAUGGUUACUCUAAAUAUGCUUCCUUGAGUAUUCUGGAAUGGUUAAUACCCCAUUUUGUGAAAGGGACGCAUGAAAACGGCCCGUUUAAACUCAUCUGCGACGAUUUCGGCCCAGCAAACAUGAUUGUGAAAAGCGAUAGAGAUCUCACAAUUGUCGGUGUCGCGGACCUUGAGUGGGCCUGUUUGGCUCACCUCCUUCCUUGGUGGCUUCUUCAUGAUCGACCCGUCGAUGACGAGUGGGAUUUCGAGGACGGCAAGCCACCGGCGGCUACAGAGCACUAUUUCAACUGUCUUAACAUUUCCAAUGAAGUGUUGGCGAAGGAAGAGGCAAAACUGCCUAGAAGGCAAUACAAGCAACUGGAACUCUCUGAGCUUAUCAAAUGGUCCGAGACUUCAGGAGCUAUGUGGAUUCACCAGUCUGAAUAA